UUCGCAUUCAUGUGUCCGACGAUGGGUCGCUCGUUGCCCGGUUUAACGCCUACGUCAUUCCCGCUCGAUAACACUUAUCGCCGACGACCGGGACUGCCCCUCAUUGCAUUAGCGAGGUUUCGGCGAUAAAGAUAAGAUUGUGUGCGCAACGCCCUUUCGCAAACUUAUUACCCCUCGAACGACUUUUGAGCCCACCGCGAGACUGCGCGAGGGAGCAAGCCAUAUAAUCAUCUUGCCCGACGAAGACUUCACCGCCUCCUUCCUCACCCCUUCGUCUCCCAUUCUCCCCUUAUCUUACCUUAGAUACCGCCACCAUGCCUCGAGAUCCGCUCAUCGGUCUGGUCGGCAAGCCGUCGGCCGGUAAGAGCACAACGCUCAACAGUCUCACAGACGCCUCGUCAAAAGUUGGAAACUUCCCAUUCACAACUAUCGACCCCCAAAGAGCAAUCGGCUACCUCCAAAUAGAAUGCGCCUGCGCGCGCCACGGCGUCUCGGACCGCUGCCGACCCAACUACGGCGCCUGCAUCGACGGCCGCCGUUCGGUACCCAUCGAGCUCCUCGACGUCGCCGGCCUCGUGCCGGGAGCGCACCAGGGUAAAGGCCUAGGCAACAAGUUCCUCGACGACCUGCGGCACGCCGACGCGCUGAUACACGUGGUGGACGCCUCGGGCACCGUCGACGCCGAGGGUAAAGAGACGCGCGGCUACGACCCGUCGGUCGACAUCGCCUGGCUGCGCGGCGAGAUCGUGGCCUGGAUCCGGGGCAACCUGAUGGAGAAGUGGGGGUCGAUCCGGCGGCGGCACAUGGCCAUCAAGGCGACGGCCGUCGAGACGCUGCAGGGCCAGUUUUCGGGAUACGGGAGUACCUCCAACGUCGUCGCGCGGGCGCUGGACCGGCUGGGCAUCAAGGAGCCGCUCGAGGACUGGGACGCCGAGACGAUUGACCGCGUCGUCAACGCCUUCACCGACGAAAAGUUCCCGACCGUCAUCGCGCUCAACAAGAUUGACCACCCGGACGCCGACAAGAACAUUGCAAAGAUUGCAAAGAUGCAGGACCCCAACACGAUCGUGCUGUGCUCCGCCAUUUCGGAGAUUUUCCUGCGCAAGAUGGCCAAGCAGGGGUACAUCAAGUACACGGAAGGCAGCGAGUUCGUCGACACGCGGGAGGACCUGAUCGAGCAAGGGGACCCGACGGGCGGGAACCUGAAAGAGCUGGACGAGAAGAACCGCAAUCGGAUAGAGAACCUCAAGGACAUGGUGCUCUACCGCUUCGGGUCGACGGGCGUGGUGCAGGUGCUCUCCAAGGCGGCCGAGAUCCUGGGCCUCGUCCCGGUGUUCCCGGUGCGCAACACCACCUCCUUCACCUCCGGCGCUGCCGAGUCCAAGUUUGUCUUCCGCGACUGCGUGCUGGUCAAGAAGGGCACCACGGUCGGCGAGGCGGCACGCAAGGUCAUGGGCGACGCGCCCAUUGCGUAUAUCGAGGGCGCCGGCGGCCAAAGAGUCGCGGAAGACCACCUCGUCACGGUUGGGAAGAACGAUGUAAGUGUUGCCUCGCCCCCUUUUUCGAUACUCACAUGCACGUAUCCUAACGUUAUCUUCACACAGAUCUUGUCGUUCAAGGUUGGAAGAGCUUGAAGAAGAGUUGAAGCCCACUCUGCGUCAUCUGACCAGAGUAAACUCAUUCCCACCACAGCUGCAUAAAACUGGAAAACACCCAGUGACAUCUAGAAUCCCCAGGACAUCUAGAUUCCCCGUGACUGCCCCUCUCCUUGGAAAAGAUGAGAAGGGGUUCAUCGCAAAUCAUUCUCAAAAAGCUCCAUAUAGAGUUGGGAGGCGGGUACUCCGGAACAACCGCCCCCUAGCCCAGUAAGGCGAGAGCGAUCACCUGGGGGCCAAGGGAACCAUUCAGGGUGGGCCUCGAGAAAAAGGAUUAAAUAAAGAAAUUUCAAAUGAGCAAGACUUGCCGCAGGCAAUG